GCCAGAGCAUUCUACAGGAUGCUAUAUUAACUUAUGUUUGUUUUUGUUUUGAAACAGAAAAAUUUGUCGCGGGAUAAUAAUUACACCAGUGAAUUUAGAUUGCGGUGAAUAAUUGUUUCCACUUGGAACUAAGUUCAUAGAUGGGAAGAAGAAAAAGUAAAAGGAAACCUCCUCCAAAAAGGAAGGCAAUAGAACCUUUGGAUACUCAGUUCAACUGCCCAUUCUGUAAUCAUGAAAAGUCUUGUGAAGUUAAAAUGGAUAAAGGAAGGAAUAGUGCCAGGAUAACUUGCAGAGUAUGCCUCGAAGAUUUUCAGACAACUAUAAAUUUCUUAUCAGAACCUGUAGAUGUCUAUAAUGAUUGGAUAGAUGCGUGUGAGACUGCAAAUUAGUUUUUUAUAGUUAAAAUAUUAAGUAAAGUUUAUGAUUAUUUUGUUGAUGUUCAUUUUUAAUACUGCUGUUUUGUUUAUAUAAUUUUUUUAUUAUUGUAGUUACUGUUUCUAUAUUUUAACAGAUAGAAUUUAUGAAAAUAGUUUAUUUAAAUUAUAUUGAAAUUUAACUACUCUUGUAGUUACCAGAUUUAUAUUCAUUUUAAAUGAUAAAUUUUAAUGUUCACCAAGGAAUUAUUUAUUAUGAGUACAUAUGUAUGUAUUAUGUACUGGCAAAGUGUAAUUUUAGAUUAAUUGUAUGAUUUUUUUUAUUUUUUAUUUCUUGGGAUAAACCAGAUAUUAAUAAUUUGCCUUAUUGAUGAAUUCUUAAAAAACAAUUUGCAUUAUUACUUUUUUCUUUUAGUUUUUCCGUUUAGUCCUUUUUAGAAAUUCUGACAAUAUUACUACGUAUUUAAUGUUAACUAAUAAUUUACCUUUUUUUUUUUUAAUUGUAUCUUAUAUACGAAUGAUAUAUAAUUACUAAGUGAAAGAUUAAAUUCCUUCAAAAAUAAUAUUAUACCUCAAGUUGGAUUUGAAUUAAUUUUUAGAAUUAAUAAUUAAAGUUUUAGAAUUAGCAUGAAAAUUCUAGUGAAAUAUUUAACUGAGGCAUCUGAUGUGAACGUACUGUUCUAUAACUUAAUGUUUGUUAAAUAUCUAUGUAUAAUCAAAGCAUAUCUUAAGUGUAGAAUAAAUUUUCCUUUAAAUAUAUAUAUAUUUAGGUAUUUCUGUUUUUUUUUUAAACAAAAAUAUGUGCAAUGCUUGUUUUAUUUUUUAAUCAAAUUUUAUGUUGUAGAAAAUAUUUUAUUGAUGUUGUAACACUUAUAAGAGUGUAUAAUUGUUUAUUUUAUCAGAAAAAAUUGGUUCAAGUAGAUUUUUUGGAAGAAUUUCAUAUCAUUGCAUUAAGUUAUGCAAAUUGAUUUAUGUUUUAUCAAUUUCAUGUGUAUAUGAGUCAUGAAAUAAAUUUUUCUUUUUAUUA